AUGCAGCAGCUACCACUGUUGGUAGCACUCUUCGCUGCUGCUGCGGCACAGACAGCAGUCAACCAGUUCCCGGAAGGUUUCCUGCUAGGGAGCGCCACCGCGGCUUACCAGAUCGAAGGCGCUUGGAAUGAGGAUGGCAAGGGCGAGAACAUCUGGGACCACAUGCUGCAUGAACACCCAGAGUACGGCACGAAUGGUGCCAACGGCGACGUGGCCUGCGACUCGUACCAUAAGUACCAGGAGGACGUGCAGAUGCUCAAGGCGCUCAAUGUGGACGUGUACCGCUUCUCCAUCUCCUGGGCGCGCAUCCUGCCCACUGGAGACCUUGACGUCAUCAACCAGCCAGGCAUCGACUACUACAACAACCUCAUCGACGAGCUGCUCGCGAACGGAAUCCAGCCCAUGGCUGGAAUCUACGCACACCCCAUCUACACUGAAGACGGCGACUACCCUGCCGUAGUGCGUCAGAGGGUAGAUGCAAACAGUGCAGCAGAGGGGCGACCCCGAUCACGGUUGCCAACUUUCACUCAAGAGGAGAUCGCAUACAUCAGGGGUUCAGCUGACUUCUUCGGACUCAAUACUUACGUCACUAGUUUUAUAACGUCAGGUGAAACUGGAAUAUCUCCAUCCAAGAGCAGAGACUCGGGCGUCAUCACGGUCGGUGGUGGGCAAUAUCCAUGGGGAUUCCGUAACCUGCUGAACUGGAUCGUUAACGAAUACCCAGGUUAUCCAAUCUUUGUGACAGAAAACGGCCUGGGAAAUAAUGGUGGUCUCAAUGACACCGACAGAAUCAAUUACUUUACGUCUUACUUAACGGCUCUUCUACAAGCUGUUCACAUAGACGGCGUUCCAGUAAUCGGCUACACUGCAUGGAGUCUUAUGGACAACCUGGAAUGGAACGAGGGAUUCACAGUGAAAUACGGCCUGUAUCAGGUGGAUUUCGACAGCCCGAACAGAACGAGGACGCCGAAGGCUUCUGCAGGUGUCAUAUCGCAGAUCUACGAGAGCAGGGAGGUGCCUCAGCAGUACUUCCGCUACAGUCUCGUCUGA